GGGUUCGAAACCGCCUAUGUGCAAAUUGGCGGCGUGUGCAUCACCAAUCACGGCCUCAGCCGGUCCCACGGCCCUAGCGGCAAGUCGCCGCAUCAGGCAAGUCGCCGCAUCAGGAACCGUGGCGGUCUCUGCCCCAACGUCAACCGCGGCUGCGGGCCCCCCGGCGCGCUGAUGCAGACAGCGACCGUGACGACGACGGUGAUGGCGGCGACGGCUGCAGCAGCGACGUGCUGGAAGAGGAUUUGCAGGACUACCUGGAAAAUGUGCUGGGCGCCACCGAUAUCGGCAGUAGCAAGCAGAGCGGUGCCGGUAGCAAGUCUCAUAGCAGUAGCGCAGGGUGCAGGCGUCCUGCCGCCGUCGCCGCCGCCACCUCCGCCCACGGUCCAGGCUGCUGAUCCGGCUUUGAGGGUCGAGAUCUGGACGAGUCAAGAGGGCGAGGAAGAAGGCGGCGGCCAGGGCAACCUGUAUGAAGCUGCUUCUUCAAGCACAACAUUCUCUUCAAGCGCCUAUGUCACCAAGGAGGCGCGGCAGACAGCGUUUGGACUUGCCAAGGAGCAGGUUGAAGAAGCUAAUGCGCCGGUAUCAGGCAAUCUCCCAUCUUGGCUUCGUGGAACCGUCGUCAUCAACGGCUGUGGCGACUAUCGUGGCAUGGAGCAUCUAUUUGACGGUUUCGCCUUCCUCACCCGCAUUCACUUAGACGGUGUGACGGGGCGUGCGACUGCCAGCCAGCGUUUCCUGGACACGGACGCGUACAGGAGCUUUCGGAAAACGGGUCGCAUGAAGUACCGCGAGUUCCAGACGCCGGUACCCGCCGACGGACCCGUGGGUCGCGUCCAGGUCGUGCUCGAGAAUAUCAAGGCCCUGAUGAGCAAGGGCCGGGCCUUCACUGACAACGCAUCUAUCAACCUCAUCCCGCUUCCAGGAAAUAGAUUGCUGGCGCUUGGCGAGACUCGUAGCGCUGCUUACAUCGUGGAUCCAGCCACCCUCGCAACUGUACGGCAGGUGGAGUACGACGACGAUUUUCCGGGUGACCUGACGACAGCCCACCCCAAGGUGGCACCCGACGGUUCCAUCAUGAACUUUACUCGCAGUUUACCGUUGGGCGGUUACCACGUGUUUCGGCAGGACCCUGUAACCCUGAGACGCACGAAGAUUGCUUUCAUACGGUACGGAAAAUGCACGGCAUGA